AUGUUCCGGAACGGAGCUUCGCGCCUUGUGUCGCGAUCCAUUGGGGCGCCGGCUACGCGUGUAGCUACCGGCUUUCGCUGCACAGCUUCCACAUUGCAAUGGACAACUCAAUUUGGAUCACUUGCAUCCAAGCGGCCAGGAAUCCAGCGACAGGCUGCGCUGAAGCCCGUUCAAGGGGCUGCCAUGCGCCGCAGCAUAACAGAUGCGCAGAAACAAGCCGAGAGCCGCUAUGCAAAAGAAGAGAUUAAGCCAACACCCGAGACCGUUUCCGCAACAUCUUCUACACAUGCUAUGUUCAGUGAAGUCGGUGUGGAGAACCCAACCCCCAAGGAUGCUGACAUGAUGGCGGGCAUGAAGCACGACGUGAACAUGGUCAAGGAAACUUUCAGUCUGAAGAAUGUACCCAGAGAAGCCUACUACAUGGGUCUUGCGGGUACCAUCCCGUACCUGGCAACUUCCAUGGCGACCGUCUUGUGUGCAUGGGAGAUCAAUCACUCCAACGCCGGUUAUGGUUACAUACUGGACGAAAAAAACGCUACACAGCUGCUCCAUCUUAUCGAGCCAUUGCAAAUUGGAUACGGCGCAUCAAUUCUAUCCUUUCUUGGUGCCAUUCACUGGGGCCUUGAAUGGGCUGGAUACGGUGGUUACCAGAGCUACAAGCGAUAUGCGAUAGGAGUCAUCGCGCCCGCCGUCGCCUGGAGCACUAUCAUAAUGCCUAUCGAGGCCGCCCUCAUCACACAAUUCAUGGGCUUUGUCGCCUUGUACUAUGUCGACGUUCGCGCAACUAAGAUGGGAUGGACCCCCGACUGGUACAGGACAUAUCGGUUUAUUCUUACUGCCAUCGUCGGCGCGUCCAUUGUUCUGACCCUGAUUGGACGUGGGGAACUACCAGAUCACAUCCCCGGCCCAGUGGAGAGGCGCGAGGUUUUGAACUCUGGAACAGAUGCCGUGUCGAAGCUUUCGCACGAUGAGGAGGCACGCGCAAAGAAGGAGCAGAAGAAGAAGGCUGCUGCUAGCGACGACCGUGCUGGCGAGAAGAAGGAGGACAAGAAAACAUAA